UUUUUUUUUGCAAAGUUUUAUUCUUUGUUUUAUUUGUACAUAAUUUACGUGGUGUGAGGUAUUAACAGUUUUGUGACAAUGCCAAGUAAAAAGAAAAAAUAUAAUGCACGAUUUCCAGCAGGUAGAAUAAAAAAAAUUAUGCAGACUGAUGAAGAAGUUGGAAAAGUCGCACAAGCAGUGCCAAUUAUAAUUUCUAGAACAUUAGAGCUGUUUGUACAUUCAUUACUUACAAAAACUAUGGAAAUUACAAGUGCCAAAAAUGCCAAAACAUUGAGCCCAUCUCAUAUGAAACAGUGUAUUUUAUCAGAAAACCGCUUUGAUUUUUUAAAAGAUUUAGUGAAAUCUUUACCAGAUGUAUCAGGACCUGAUGAGGAUGUGCCUACACCACCAUUAACACCUGCUCCAAUAAAUGCAAAUGCAUCAAACACAUCAAUUUGCACACCUACAAUACGACAUUCAGAUGUAGGAAUUCAAAAGCAGCAAAUGGGAUUAACUAAUGAAGUAAAUAUAGAACAUAAAAAUUUAAAAGACAAUGGUGGAACAAGUGCUGUUAAUGAAAUGAUUAAAAAUACAACUGUCCCUCAAGUUCCAGAAUUUCAAAUAUCUGUGCCUGCAUCAUUUCAAAUUAGUCAACCUAAUUUUUAUACAGAAGUUAAUCCUAUGAAUUUAAGUACAAAUACAUCUGGUGUAAAUACAAAUAAUCAACCAACAUCAAAUUUUGCUCAUACUGCUACUUUGGAUGAAGAUUAUGAUACAUAG